AUGACCAUUGACACAGAGGCCAGCUCGGACGUGGGUGCAGUGGCGGAGGUGGCAGCGGCGGCGACAGAGGAGAACCCCAUCAUCGAGGCGGUCUCCUGCGACACGGCGGUGCCUACUUCGUCGCCUCAAGGACCUGCUCCUCCUCCUCGUCACGGCGCCGGCACCGGCGGCGCGUGCAUCACGCUCCAGUACGUCUCCAACGUCAUCAUCCACAACAUCCACAUCCAUGAUUGUGUCCCCGCCGGCAACGCGAAUGUGCACGCCUUGCCGACGCACUACGGGUGGUGCACCCACUCCGACGGCGACGGCAUCUCGCUCUACUCGGCGCGCGACGUGUGGGUGGACCACUGUGCGCUGUCGCGGUGCGCCGACGGGCUCAUCGACGCCAUCAUGGGGUCGACGGCGAUCAUUGUGUCGAAUAGCUACUUCUCGCACCACAACGAGGUGAUGUUGUUGGGGCACAGCGACGAGUACCUGCCAGACUCGGCGAUGCAGGUGACCAUCGCGUUCAACCACUUCGGGAUCCAGCUCGUGCAGCGGAUGCCACUGUUUGCCGAUGUUUGCCAUGUUCUUGGCUUGUUUGCCGAUGUAGGUAAAUAA